CGUCGGACGUUCGUGGGGGGUGUUCAACGCACGAGGUGAGGAAACGUUUUGGGCGACGAGACGGCAGGACGGCUUGGGUUUGGGCUUACAUCCGUACAGGCCUACUCCAUUAAAGAUCUGUGCAAUGGUGUACUUGUCGGUUUGUGUGUCGAGACGCAACAGCAUUGAUUAUCGUUGCACUCUCCUCAGGUGAAGGCGGUCGACCCCCACACCCGGCUUUCCCGGGGCCUCGAGUCGUUCUGCCACAUCUGCAGGGAACCAACCAGAAAUGCCUCCCAAAUUUCGCCUUUCAUUAUAAAAAGAACACGAAAAAGCGACGACGAUGAACAAAACGUUCGCCUGUUCAAUGGGGAAUCCGUCCAGCAAAAACAGAAAAAGUGCCCGACUUGGCCAAAGUAAGGUUUCAGCUGCUCGCCAUGAAAUCUUGUCGCUCGAUCGCUAGCUAUUAUGAAGGGCGGGUAAUCCAAUUCCGAGGCAAUAAACAAACGUUCGAAAUUUGCGCUGGAGCACAAACUCUUGUUGUUUUUCCUGGGUGGCAUAUUUCAGCCCAAAAGGUUUUUGUCGCUGAGUUUCGGACGUCCACUUUUCUGACAAGAAAGUCAUUUUGGCUUCGCCAUAGCGUACAUAAAUACAAUGGCCGGACACUUGGUCCCCCCUGUUAAGGUAGUUUUGUGUGGUCACAUCAGGUUGACCACAAUUAUAAGGGCUUUCGCACCAUGUUGCUUCAACGACUACUUUUGAGUUUGUGCGGAUUUGUCGUCCUAUCCGUCCAAGCUCUGCCUGCUCCACAAGAACCAACUGUUACAGAUAAUGCCGGACCACCUGUUCAUACUGGCGGUCUCAAUCAGGUCCAAACGGGUCAACCGAAUAUUCCUUCCGAGAAACUAGUCAACAAUCCUCUUUCCCCCGCUCGUGUUGGCCCCAACAGGGGGGCGAACAAGGACCAGAUCAGGGAAGCUGCCAAGAAAGCUGCCUCGGGUAUUGGCAUAGCAAUCCCACCGGGUCAGGGUUUUGGAGGUUCGACCAACAGACCUCACAAUCGCCGGCAAAGCGUCCCCCUAGCGUACAUCGACCAAGCAUGUGGACCCGACGUGAACCAUCGUGCUGCUCCGGGUCUUUGUUGCAGUCAAUGGGGCUGGGCAGGAGUGACAUCCGAGCACUGUGGCCAAGGUUGCCAAUCCGCGUGGGGUCGUUGCGAUGACGGAAAGCUUCCCAAAGUGUAUACUCAGUGUGCAAAGAGUGGCGUUAUCGCAUUGACAUUUGAUGAUGGACCAUCUGUGCUCACCUCGGGGUUACUUGACUACUUGAACUCCAAGAAUGUCAAAGUCACUUUCUUCCUCAAUGGUCUCAAUUGGAAGAAUAUAGACACAAAGAACCCUCUGCCGGGCAUAUUUGCUCUGAAGGAUGUUGUCAAAAAGGCAUUUGAUACUGGACAUCAGAUUUGCAGUCACACCUUUUCGCACAUUGACCUUCUCUCGAGCAUCUCUGACCAGUACAACAUUACUUACGAAAUGACAAAAAUGAAUCAUGCAUUUAGGGAAACUCUCGGAACUAUCCCAACGUGCAUGCGGCCACCGUAUGGCGAUUAUGAUGAGACGUCACUAAAGAUUCUGCGGGGACUUGGUUAUUCUACCGAUACCACGCUGAAAACCACCGGAGCCAUCGUAUCCUGGAAUCUUGAUCCAGUCGACUGGAACCCUUUUGUUCACGGUGCUACAAUAGCAGCUCAGGUCGCCGAUAUGCAAAAGGAAUUCCAAACGCAGACGGCUGGUUCGACCGCGGCUACUUCUCGUUUUAUCACCUUGAAUCAUGACGUAUGGAACACUACAGCCGACUUCCGUCCCAAGGGCCAGGGCCAGCUUGCUAGUCAGGUUCCCCCUGUCAAACCUCUCGCCCAGCAAGCCAUCGAGUACUUUUUAUCAAAGAACUAUAAAUUCGCCCGCGUUGAUGAGUGUCUCGGUUUUGCAAAGAAUAGCAUGUACAGACAGCCGACUCCAAACGACGAGGUUUGCGGACCAUGGAAUAGCGAUGGCAGUGCAUGUUACUCUUAAUCGGACAAUUUCUUUGCGCUAGGAUAUAGACAUGUCUAAAACCAUAGAAUUGGAUUUAGCAUCAAUGUGCUUUUGUUAACAUGCUGGCGUAAACGUACCUGUUUGCAUGGCCAACAAGACCAACGUCUUUUGAUUGUGCAACAAGUUAACCUGUCAUUGUCAUUCCAAUCCAAUUCAGUCC